GCUAUUGGUUUGCCAAGGUUUUAUGUUAACUUUUAACACUCACGUUAUAGUCUCAUUCAGUGAAUAUUUACAAUCCAAAUCACACCGGAGAGAGACACAUUCGCCAGUUGGUAAUUCCAGCCAACGGUGUUUACUGUUCAGUUAUCGAUCUCGUACCGCACUGAUGGGUUUUCGUACAAAAGCGGAUGCCUGGGAGAGAACAAUGAGACAACAUUGCUGUCCGUGUCUUGAGUAAGGAGGACUGACUUAUGAGGCAGAAAAAGAUUCUUUUCAGAAAGACAUCGACGCAUUUGACGUGCAUGACACGGAUUGGGGGCGCAGGGAAGCAAUUAUCUAGUUCUCAACUGCACAAACGUUCCUGAAAAGUAAAACAUGAUUUGGAUAGAGGUGACAAAUUCGACAAAUGACACACGUAACGAUGAUGUUUCCAAUGGAAUGAACCCCUCGGACGCUCUGUUCCACGUUCCGACUAGACUCAUCGUUCUGGCUGUGGAAAUCGCCAUAGGUACCAUUGGAAUUCUUGGAGCGUUCUUCUGUUUGUGGAGAGACAGGCGACGGAAAUCUAGAGUGAAUAAACUUAUCCUGCACGUCACCUUGGCGGAUUGGCUGGUAGUUGAUGUCGCAUGUGUUUCCCAGUUGAUAUGGGAGUGUAUGCCGAGCAGAGAGUGGAUAGCUGGAGAUUUCCUCUGUAGGAAUGUCAAAUUCUUACAAAGUUUUGCCAUGAUGUCGAGCUCUUUUAUGGUGACCCUUCUAGCUUUUGACCGACACCAGGCCAUUACCAGCCCUCUUAAGGCGCGGUUUUCAGUCCUCCGUAGCACGUUAGUCGGUUGGUCGCUGGCGGCGCUUAUGUCCACUCCAUUGAUUGCGGUGUUCCACACCAGAAACGAUAACGGUACUACAGUGUGUGAAAAUAUCUUCCGUACCAAACCUCCCUGGCACAGGAAGCUCUAUAUAACCUACGCCUCACUCAUAGUGUUCUACAUCCCCCUUCUACUCUUGCUCGUCUUCUACAUUCGCAUAUUUUGUACAAUUCGACGGAAAGCGUCUUUGCAGGACAACAAUAAAAGGCUGUUGGAUAGCAAUCGAAGUCGGGUUUUUCUAACGGCAACCCCGUCUUACUCGUUAGGUAGGGCCAAAAUCAAAACAUUGUUGAUGACGAUUGUUAUUGUGCUAACAUUUAUCAUAUGUAGCUGUCCGUAUCAUGUUGUGGAAAUGAUUUUGACAUUUGGGGACCCGCGAAUCCUUGACCCUGUCUGGAAUGCCAUCGGUGGUGGCGCUGCAGUCGCAAACUCUUGUGUGAAUCCGUAUAUUUUCAUGAUAUUCCAAAGCAAGUGUUUCACUGCUCGUCCGCUUACCGUUCUCCACUCCAGCAAGAGGCGUACCAUAUCUGUCAGUGCUGGAAAUCCAGAGGCGGUUAACUCCUCAAAAAAGACGAAUGUAACUGACGAUAAGAUCACUUUUCCACUUGCACGAAAUGAUCUGCAGGUAGAGAGAGAAGAUGAGUGUGAUAAAUUUUAGAUAUCUUGAAUAAAUCACUCGGUAUCCUAGAGCGCUUGUACUCAGAAAUAAAGGCCAUUGGAAAUAGCUCGUAAGUAACGCGAAUUUAAUACCAGAUACAUAUCAUCAACAUGUAACGCAGAAGGGGCCUAAUCUUAAAAACGAAAGAAAAUUGAAUAUCACUUGCUUGGUUUACGACUUGCAUCUUGCAUGUCACUUUCGCCCAUCAGACAUGUUUUUAGCCAAGUGAAAUGAUUUAAGAACAUUUAAAUCGUUUAUGUGUAUAAACCUGAGUAUUCUGCACUCUGCGCAGUAAGUACUUAUGGUACUAGACUGUGCAAUUUACUAAUAUAACAUAGACAUGUAGUAUAUACUACUGUUCAGACAGUAUUGCAACAAACGCUGAACAAUGUAAACUUGCGAUAAAACGCAUGGUGUCUGAAAGAUAAAUUUCCAUGGAUUUUCAACGUAUUUGAUGGAUGGUUUCCUGAAGGAACAGACAUGCUUGUGUGUGGUAUUUUGCAUGGCUAAGGCACAACCUUUAUGAUGAUCUCUCACAUUCGAAGCUGAGUCAUGGAUUCAGUAUAAUCAUUUUCAUUACGAAAUGAGUUUUAUCUAUUUAUUCAUUUAUAUUUAAAAGCAAUGGUUGUCGUUAGUUUGAAUGUCAGACACUCUUCCUGAAUACUUGCAUACUUGAAAAAUAUCACGAUAUGCCAUAGGUCUAAUUUGAACAUGAAAAAAAAAUCUUAAAGUUAUUAUACUAUAUACGUGGAAUUGGCUGUCAGACGUGUUCAUAGUAGAAUGAAACUGCUAUUUCGGUGCUUUAAGCCACAGAGCCGCUUGCCAGCAAGGUUUACAUAGGAAUGCGACCUUUAGAUUAUAUUUGCACGUACAGACAUACACCAAUGCCUUUAGUUAUUCGAUCUUUAAUGGCAGUCAUCAAACACGUUUUUCAAAAAUAAAAUUAGAGCAAUACAGAUAUUCCAAACCUAUAUAAACAAGUUAUUAAUAAUGAGAACAAUGUAUGUAAACAAUUUUUGUCAGCAAUCUAGUUAAUUAUUUUCCUCUAGCCACUUGCAACAGUCUUAUUGGAUUACAAUAAUUUGUGAAGCUAUGGGCGACUGUAGGAAAUGAAAAUGAGAAAUAAAAUUUGUUCAGCUGUCAGGGUUCCUUUUACUAUAAUAGCAUUCGUAAAAACUAUAGUUCUGUGCUACUAGCUUCACACUUGUGACAGAAAAACUACCCAGGUUUGAAGUAAUA